UCCAGCUCUGCCCCUGGGGGCUGCCACAGUGAUCGCACAGGCUGCACUGGGUGAGGCUGAGGUGUCUGGCUCCUCAGCCCUGUCAUGUGAAGCCCGAGGGCCCCUGUCCUCUGCAUGGCUCCUCAAGACCAGAUAGACAGGCUGGCAAGCCUUGAAAAUAUAUUCCGAAAUGUGUAAAGUGCUUGGAGCUGAAGAUUCUCUGGUCCAGGUGCUGGUGUCAUUAUGCAGAAUUCUUCAAGAGGCCUGGCUCUGCUUUGAAGGACUGGUGACCCUGUGUGAACAAAGCUGCUCUCAGGGACCCAUGUGCAUCAUCUUCUUUAAGUUCGAUCCUCGCCCUGUUUCUAAAAAUGCAUACAGGCUCAUCCUGGCGGCCAACAGGGAUGAAUUUUACCACAGACCAUCCAAGCUAGCUGACUUCUGGGGGAGCAACAAUGAGGUCCUCAGUGGGCUUGACAUGGAGGAAGGCAAGGAAGGAGGCACGUGGCUGGGAAUCAGCACACGGGGGAAGCUGGCCGCACUCACCAACUACCUGCAGCCACGGCAGGACCCGGAUGCCCGGGGCCGAGGUGAACUUGUGACCCAUUUUCUGACUACAGACAUGGACAGCUUGUCCUACUUGAAGAAGGUCUCUGCGGAGGGCCACCUGUACAACGGCUUUAACCUCAUAGCAGCCGACCUGAGCACAGAGAAGGGGGAUGUCAUUUGCUACUAUGGAAACCGGGGGGAGCCUGAGCCAGUUGUCCUGGCACCAGGGACCUAUGGACUAAGCAAUGCGCUGCUGGAGACGCCCUGGAGGAAGCUGUGCUUUGGGAAGCAGCUCUUCCUGGAGGCUGUGGAGCGGAGCCAGGCGCUCCCGAAGGAUGUCCUCAUUGCCCAGCUCCUGCAUGUGCUCAACAAUGAUGAGGCGCAGCUGCCAGACCCGGCCAUUGAGGACCAGGGCAGGGAGUACGUGCAGCCCUUCCUGAGCAAGUAUGCGGCUGUGUGUGUGCGCUGUCCGGGCUACGGCACCAGAACCAACACGGUCAUCCUCGUGGAUGCAGACGGGCACGUGACCUUCACAGAGCGUAGCAUGCUGGACAAGGACCCCUCCUGCUGGGAGACCAGCACCCACGAGUUCAAGCUGCAGAGCUAACCCCUCUCCCUGGGUGUGGCCAUUGGGCUCCUGGAAGGCCCUGCCUCGAGGACCAGUGUGGAUAGGAACCUUCCGUAGGCACAUGCACUGCCUGUGACUUGGCCAAGCAUCCCCCAGGACCAGGGCCCUCUGGUGUUUCUGUGACCUGUCUGUGUCCGCGUGUCCCGCUCAGGGUCUGCCCUUACGCCAGUAGGAGCGACAGAGUCCCGCAGCCAGGCCUGGGGCAGGCCUAGGUGUGCUGGGCCUGUGUGAAGGCACCUCGAUCUGCCCCUGUCCAAGCACAGAGGCACACAGUCGAGGCACAUGCCUCCAUGCACACCUGCAGGUGCACGGGCACACGCACACCAUGCACAGGCAACAGAUAGGUGUACAUAUGCUCAAACGCACACAGAAUCCCCGGCAUCCACACGUAUGCAUGCUAGACAGGCAGAGAUGUGCCGCUCACAUCUGCAAGUGCUUCUGGCCAGUGGGUCUUUCCUUUGAUCAAAACAACAGAGUGUAGACUUUUGUUUAAAAGUGGCUCCCUUUCUCCUGGGCAUAGUCCACUUCUGGACAGCUAGACUUGCUUUUAGAGAGGAGAGGCCCCAUUUGGAAUGAGAAAUGAGAACAACCCCAGAAAAACCCACUGUCAUAACAGAAGCACAGGCUGGUUGGUGGUCCUUUAUGCUCUGGGGGGUCUCCUGUGUGCAUGGGGUGGUCCUGUGGGGGGAGGGGGGUGGUCCUGCAUGAUGCCCCAGGGGUUCUGUGUAUGCUGGGGCACCUUGGUAGGCUCUCAGGCACCUACCUGCCCAUUGGGGGUCAUGGGUUUGGGCAGGCCCUCUCAGUGAGGGGACACAGGCAACCCUUACUAUUUCCCUUCUCCUUGGGGAGUCAGACUUCAUAGGAAUCUGUACUUGAACGUGAGAACUUGAUAAUAAAAUUCAGAGGCUGUGGUGAGUCAGUGCAUUUCAGGUCCUUGUGUGAUGGGGGACAACUGUGCAAGGGGUCAGUAGGGCUGCUCUCCUGGUCUGCAGGAACUCCCAAGGCACACUCACCAGAACAAGCCUCUCCCCACUUUCUUCUUUUGCUCAUGGGUCUCUGAGCACCCUGAUGGAAAGCCAAGGGUCCAUCAGCCUGUCCAUCUGUCUGUCCUUGGGCUGGGGUUCGAGAGAGAGCCCAAAUGCAUGGGACACAGUAGGUGCCAGUUACAGGGCCUCCUGAGCUGGGCUGAGGAGCCAGGGACUCAUCGGGGUGUAGUGAGGAGCCCUUGGGGACCUCCCCAUGGAGUGGUGUGGUCAGGCCUGCACUUGGGGUGGACUGUGGAGGCCAAGGGGUGGUAGGAAUGGGUUUCAGGGCAAGGGGGCAAGUAGAGUCUGUCUUAAUUGCAGGACCCUGGUUUGCGGCAGGCACUCAGGAGUUCCUGUCCCUAGCCCAGGCUGAGCAUCAGGGGGUCCUGUUGUGUGUCCAGUGCUGAGACCCAGACUUCCAUCUGCCUUUGCAGCUGACCCCCAACUUGGCCUUCUCAGAGCCAGUGAGAGCUUGGGGUGGGGUGUGGACCUGCAC